CUGACUUCCGGAAAUAAGGUUGGUUUUGUCAGCUGUUGUGUUGAUCAAUAAUUGUUGUAUUAUUCGUGGCAAAGAACAACUAAGCGUAUAAAAUGAUACCUUGAGAGCUGUGCUCUCAGACACAUAGGCCAUGCCAAAAACAUUCUUCCCUGUCUUCCAAUGUCUUGUACUUCUCCAAAUCUUCCCAAACCACUGCAUUGUCUCCAAGAAGAUCGUCCAUUUUGACCACAACAACAAACAUGAAGAAACGCUAUGCUGGACAGUCAAACUGAUAAAUAUUGAAGAUCCAAACUCCAAAUUAAAUUACAAAUACUUUGAUCCAGAAAACAUAUCAUCCUUGUCGAAAUUCCUAGGAUCCACGUCACACUUUACCAUUGAGAGUUUCCCAAGCCACUACGUGCUGUGCCAUUUUGAGGAAUCUGAUGAUGCCAAACCGAACUUACAGGGUAUCCAUGGCCACCAUCAACGUCUGAAAGAACUUAGCCAGGAGUAUUUUUGGCGUUUGAAGGAUAGGAUUGAGAGCUAUCUCCAGGGUCAUGAUGGCGUGGAAUGGUUCAGUCAAGAGGUUGUCCGGAAGAGGCAGAAACGUUCGAUUGCCUUCAAUGAUCCUGCUUAUAAUCAGCAAUGGCACUUGAACAACAGGCGCAUGUCAAGAAUGGACAUCAACGUAACUGGGGUGUGGGCGCGGAACGUCACAGGCAAAGGCAUCACCGUUGCUGUCGUGGAUGAUGGCAUGGAAUGGAGGAAUCCAGAUCUCCGUGCUAACUACAACAGGCAAGGCAGCUGGGACCUAAACGACGAUGACCCCGAUCCUACCCCUAGCUCACUCAAAGCAACAAACCACCAUGGUACUCGCUGUGCCGGGGAGAUAGCUGCUGUGGCCGACAACAACCUGUGUGGUGUCGGAGUUGCUUACCAAGCCAAGGUGUCGGGUAUCCGUGUGUUGGAUGGACCAAUGACUGACAGCCUCGAGGCUGCCGCCUUUAACAAGAAUCUGCAAGUGAAUGAUGUCUACAGUUGCAGCUGGGGACCGGACGAUGAUGGGAAGACAGUGGAUGGACCUCACAUCAUGGCAGCUAAAGCUAUGAAGUAUGGAGUGGAUUUUGGUAGAAGUGGUUACGGUAGCAUCUUUGUGGUUGCCAGUGGCAACGGAGGUCGUCACCAAGACAACUGUAACUAUGAUGGCUAUGCGAACUCCAUCUAUACACUAACUAUAGGUGCGGUGGAUGAAAUGGGUCGGAUGCCAUUUUAUGCAGAAGAAUGUGCCUCCAUGUUGGGUGUGACCUUCAGCAGCGGACGGUCAGAUGAACGGGAUAUUGUGACGACAGACUGGACGAAGCAUGGAGGUCAAGGCUGCACUGAUAGACACACGGGCACCAGUGCAGCUGCUCCACUGGCUGCAGCGAUGGUUGCACUCAUGUUGCAGGUCCGCCCGUGUUUGACGUGGAGGGAUGUCCAGUAUAUCACCAUCCUUACAGCAGUCAAGGUGGAUGUGGACAUUGCCCACUGGCAGAAGAAUGGGGCUGGCUUGUUCCACAGUCACAAACAUGGCUUCGGUCUGCUGAAGGCAUGGAGGAUGGUCAAUGCUGCCAAGAUCUGGAGGACAAUACCGUGGAUGACCUCAUAUGCUUUUGGGAAUACGAGUGUUGACUUCACAAUUCCUAAAGGGUCAAACCACCCACUCAAGAUCACCCAUACAGUGUCUGAGAAGCAUGUGGAAGGCUACGGCCUGUACAUACUGGAGAACGUGGAGGUGACGGUGACGAUCACUCACCCCCGGCGUGGGCACAUUGGCGUCCGACUUAUCAGCCCUAGUGGAACCGUGUCAGUGAUCGGAGCCCCCCGACCUCUGGACAAUUCAACGUUUGGUUUCCAAGACUGGACGUUUUCCACUGUCAGAUGCUGGGGGGAGAAGCCUACGGGGAAGUGGACUCUCAUCGUCAUGGAUACAGACACUGGCCGCUUCAUCAAUGGUCACCUGCUGAAGUGGCAGAUCAUACUCUUUGGCACUCCCUUCGCUCCUAAAGAGUUCCAGGCCAGGAGGAGAGAGAUUGCACAUGCGAUGUCUGGAGAGUUCCUCAAUGAUAGCUACAGCCUGCCCUGUUCGCCACCGCCCGUCAUCGCCAAACCUGACAUCCCCAUGUCACAGAAGACUCUGAAGGUGCUUGUGUUGGCCUGUGUCUUCUGUGUUAUUAUGACGGUGUACGAGUCAAUGGAAUAUGCGUUGUGCUACAAUGAUGAGAAAAAGGAACACCGGGCCAAAAUGAAGCUGGCGGCAAGGGCCCUGAGACUGGCAAAUCAGAAUUCAGAUAACAUAAAUCCUGAUGAAGCGAACGAAUCAACAGGCUUGUUACAAUCUGAAGAAAUUCCUAUGCAAACAUUUCAUGAUGACAGCCCUUCAACAACAACUGCUGAACAACAUAAUCCUCAGCAACAGCCUACACAACAGUUUGACUUUAAAGCUGAUGAAUUCAGUUUGGAUUCUGAUAAGUUUGACGAUACUUUAUUUGAUGUUAGCACUCACGCUAGCCAUGCAUCAGACAAUCUAUUAACUAGUGUUCCACAGUCAUCAGGUGCCAGUUUCCAAGGCAAUAAUCUCCUUGACAACCUGCCUUCACACAGUACAUAUCCCGAUUCAAAUGGAGCAAGUCUUUCAACCCUAUCACACAACGACAGCCUUUCAUUUGUUGGUGCUUUCAACAAACCACACAACCAAAGGAACUGGUUGGGUGAUGAUGAUGAUGAUGUUUGUCACUUUGACAACCAGACAGUAGAAAGUGAAUCCGGUUUCCUUGGCAACCAUAACCAUGGCAACCAGAUGUUCUUAAAGUCUGACAAUGUUAUCGAUGGUAGCCAUUCCUUAUUUGAUUCCAUGCAAAGAGAAGUGUGUUCCAAUGAAGACGUGAUUGAUUCUAGAAGCAGCAGUCAGUCAGAUGUUUUAAGGUGAUAAUACUUAUACAGUGACUUUAUUAUGUUUUGUGUUUUGCCCAUUGUGACUGUAUUUCUCUCACAAUUAGCAAUUGGGUGUAUUUUUUUUAUGAAAUGCUAUGCAGAAAUAUCAGGAGUUUUUACCAUGUUUACUGAAUCAUGAUGGUUCCAGUGGUUAAUGUGUGACAUUUGCGCCGUAGUCAUUUGUCAGAUUGCAAUCUUUUACGCUGUGACAACAGAGCAUGAAGAUCUGUCAAGCCCUCCAUAUCAGCCAAGCAGUGUUGAUGCUGCUAAAUUUCUACAGGGUGGUAGAGUAGCCGCAUGGUUAGAGUGUUCAAUCGUCAGGUUGAAGAAGUGGAUCGAUUCCUUGCAUGGGUAAAAUUUAUGAAGGCCGUUUCUGAUGUCCGCCACUGUGAUAUAGCAGGAACACUCACUCACUCAUUCACUCACUCACUCACUCACUCACUCACUUUCACACACACAGAAAAACACCUUCACACAACUAGAUAUACACCUUCACACAAGUAGAUAUACACCUUCACACAACUAGAUAACACCUUCACAAAACCACAUUAUCUUACAUUCAUACAACCACAUAACCUCACUUUCACACAACCUCACCUUCACAUAACCACAUAACCUCACCGUCACACAUCACCUUCACACAACCUCACCUUCACACCACACAACUUCACACAACCACAUAACCUCACCUUCACACAACCACAUAACCUGACCUUCACACAACCACUUAUUCUUACCUUCACAUAACCUCACCUUCACACAACCACAUACUCUUACAUUUACACAACCACAUAACCUCACCUUCACACCUCACCUUCACACAACCACAUAACCUCACCUUCACACAACCUCACCUUCACACAACCACAUAACCUCACCUUCACAUAACCUUACCUUCACACAACCUCACCUUCACAUAACCUCACCUUCACACAACCACAUAACCUAACCUUCACACAACCACAUAAUCUUACAUUCUCAUAACCUCACCUUCAGAUAACCUCACCUUCACUGCAUUAUCCUGGGGAUCACUAAAGCUGUAACCUUCAUACCUGCAGUCCUACUGACAAGUCAAAGUGAUGUUCCUCACUACUAACUGAACGAUUAUAACUGGAGGUUUUGUACCUGUUUAAGGCUCUAUUUUACCUUGUGUCUGUGGUAAGUGUGUAUCUACAAUAUUUAUAUAUUUACAGUAUGGCUGGGCCAUGUCAGGAGUUCAAGUUGUUUACUUUGUCUGGAAAUGUUGUCUCAAUAUAUUUGCUUUGUCUUGUACAUUUCACAUAUACACAAAGAACUUAAUUAAGCACCCUCUGUAUUUUUGUAAUGAUAGGUUUCCACACGUACAUAAAACUUCUCAUGGUGACUAUGAUGGAAAAACAUGAGUUUUUCUGACCCAUAUGAUCCUUUGACUCAUAAAGAACGACAAAAUGAUUGGAAUCCAUGUUCAUUUUAUGAUGAUAACUCCUCAUUUAAAAUGAUGGUAUUUGUUAUCACCCUUCCUGGUAUCUAGCAUUAAAGGAAUAGAACAAGGACUAGACUUUCCAAGGUCUCCCCGAGGACCAGGUUCAUUUUCCCACAAUGUGUGAUGACCUCGAUAUUCCUUGAACAGCAAAUUUAUUGUAAAAGCUUGUGAGUAGCAUCUUCUGCCUGCAUUCGAACCAUUACUUCUUGGGCAUGCCUACUAAUAAAUUCCCAGGUUUUCAUAUUUAUGGAUGCGAAAAAUAGUUUACUGUAGGAGUGAUUCAUGUUGGUGUAAAGCCUUAGAAUCUAUAUACAAAUGUAAAGACUUGUCCGGGAGUUUGUAGUUGGUCCUGCUUAAUCAUUGUUGCAAGCCUUAUGCCACAAAAAGAACCUUUUUUCUAAUGGGGCAGUUGGGUAAAGCAUUUGCAUAUCAAGCUGAAGACCUGGGUUCAAUUCCCCUUAUGGUACAUUCUGUCAGGCAGAUUUCUGGUGUCACCAACAUUAAUUUUGCCGGAGUAUCGCUAAAGGCUGUAUAAUACCAUACUCACUCACUCCGUCCUUAUUUGAAAGACGUGCAUAAUGCUUUGUUAAUGCAUAGUAGGUCACUUUUUGUGAUCCAGGGAAUAAAAUCACCAUUCGAUUAUGAUAAAUACCUUGGAUAAUCUUUUAACAGAGACUUUGAUCAGCCAGUGAAGCCAUCAUCUCUGUCUUAUCACGUGCAUGACACAAAGUUUCUUUUGCACUUGAGUAUAGGUUGUUUGGACAUCUUAUUUCAUGUUGUGUAAUUCAAAUCAGGAUUU